ACUUCGUAUUGGAGAGAGAGAGAGAGAGAGAGAGAGACGAGACAGUCGAACCAGAAAUCCCUUCAAUAUUACGACCCCAAAAUCUGAGAACCCUAACUCCAUCCCAAAAUCUGAAAACCCUAAUUCCAUCCUUUCUUGUACAGGGCUUGGAGUAAUCGUAACCUCGCCAUGGACCCGGAGAUCGCGAAGACCCAGGAAGAGCGGAGGCGCAUGGAGCAGCAACUGGCGUCCCUGACCUCCGUCACCUUCGACACCGACCUAUACGGCGGAAACGACCGCGACGCCUACGUCACGUCUAUCCCCGUCAACGAGGAUGACGAGAACAUCGACACCAUGGACAACGAGGUCGCCCGCAAGCUCGCCUCCUACACCGCACCCAAGUCCCUCCUUAAGGAAAUGCCCCGUGGAGGAGCCGAAGACGACAACGACGACCUUCUGGGGUUCAAGAAGCCUCAGCGCAUCAUCGACCGCGAGGACGACUACCGCAAAAGGAGGCUCAACCGCGUGAUCUCUCCCGAGAGACAUGACGCCUUCGCCGCCGGGGAGAAGACCCCGGACCCCUCGGUCAGAACCUACGCCGACGUCAUGAGGGAGGAGGCGCUCAAGAGGGAGAAGGAGGAGACUCUCAAGAGGAUAGCCAAGAAGAAGGAGGAAGAGGAGGCCGCCGUCAAGGAGAAUAAGGCUGCUGAUGAUAAGGGUCCCAAAAGGAGGAAUAGGUGGGACCAGUCCCAGGACGAGGGGGCUGCUGCGGCGGCCAAGAAGGCCAAGACGACAUCGGAUUGGGACUUGCCGGAGGAGACAACCCCGGGGCGGUGGGAUGCGACUCCGACUCCUGGGAGAUUGGGCGAUGCAACACCGUCUGCGUCUGUUGGAAGGAGGAAUCGCUGGGACGAGACGCCAACGCCUGGGAGAUUGGCAGAUGCCACCCCGGCCGGUGGGGCUACUCCUGGAGCCACCCCGGCUGGGAUGACGUGGGAUGCAACGCCAAAGCUUUCAGGCCUCGCCACUCCCACUCCGAAGCGGCAGAGGUCAAGGUGGGACGAGACGCCCGCCACCAUGGGCAGCGCGACCCCAAUGGCGGGGGCAACGCCUUCUGCUGCUGCCGCGGCGUUCACACCUGGGAUUACUCCCGUGGGCGGAGUCGAUCUUGCGACCCCAACGCCGGGGGCAAUCAAUCUGCGUGGCUCCAUCACCCCGGAGCAGUACAAUUUGCUGAGGUGGGAGAAGGAUAUCGAGGAGAGGAACCGGCCUUUGACCGAUGAGGAACUGGACUCCAUGUUUCCGCAAGAGGGUUAUAAGAUUUUGGAGCCUCCAGCAUCCUAUGUGCCUAUUAGGACGCCGGCGAGGAAGCUGCUUGCGACGCCCACUCCGCUGGGGACGCCGCUGUAUUCAAUUCCCGAAGAGAAUCGCGGCCAGCAGUUUGACGUGCCCAAAGAAGCGCCUGGUGGCUUGCCGUUUAUGAAGCCCGAGGACUACCAGUACUUUGGUGCGUUGUUGAAUGAGGAGGAUGAGGAGGAGUUGUCUCCUGAAGAGCAGAAAGAGCGGAAGAUCAUGAAGCUCUUGCUUAAGGUCAAGAAUGGAACACCACCGCAGAGGAAAACGGCGCUGCGGCAGCUUACUGAUAAGGCGAGAGAGUUCGGGGCCGGCCCCUUGUUUAACCGGAUUCUGCCGUUGCUUAUGCAACCCACUUUGGAGGACCAAGAGAGGCAUCUCUUGGUGAAGGUAAUUGAUAGGGUUCUUUAUAAGUUGGAUGAGUUGGUACGCCCUUAUGUGCAUAAGAUUCUUGUUGUGAUUGAGCCCCUGCUGAUUGAUGAGGAUUACUAUGCGCGUGUUGAAGGGCGAGAGAUUAUUUCCAAUCUUAGUAAGGCUGCUGGCUUGGCCACCAUGAUUGCUGCUAUGCGACCUGAUAUUGACAACAUUGAUGAAUAUGUCAGGAACACGACCGCCAGAGCUUUCAGUGUUGUUGCUUCUGCUCUUGGGAUUCCUGCUCUCUUGCCCUUCUUGAAGGCCGUGUGUCAGAGUAAGAAAUCAUGGCAAGCUCGGCACACUGGGAUUAAGAUUGUUCAGCAGAUUGCUAUCUUGAUCGGUUGUGCUGUGCUUCCUCAUCUGAGGUCUCUUGUGGAGAUCAUAGAACAUGGUCUGCUGGAUGAGAAUCAGAAGGUGAGGACAAUCACCGCAUUGUCUCUGGCUGCUCUUGCUGAGGCUGCUGCCCCCUAUGGUAUUGAGAGCUUUGACUCAGUGUUGAAGCCUUUGUGGAAGGGUAUCAGGUCACACCGUGGGAAAGUCUUGGCUGCGUUCUUGAAGGCUAUCGGCUUUAUCAUCCCGCUUAUGGAUGCGCUAUAUGCUAGUUACUAUACUAAGGAAGUUAUGGUUAUUUUGAUUCGAGAGUUUCAGUCACCCGAUGAGGAGAUGAAGAAGAUUGUUCUGAAGGUUGUGAAGCAAUGUGUGAGUACGGAGGGUGUGGACGCUGAAUACAUUCGCAAUGAUGUUCUUCCUGAGUUCUUUAGAAACUUCUGGGUCAGGAGGAUGGCUUUGGAUAGGAGAAACUAUAGGCAACUUGUGGAGACAACAGUGGAGAUGGCAAACAAAGUUGGUGUUGCCGAUAUAGUAGGGAGAAUUGUUGAGGAUCUUAAAGAUGAGAGUGAGCCUUACAGGCGAAUGGUUAUGGAAACCAUUGAGAAGGUGGUUGCCAACUUGGGUGCAUCUGAUAUUGAUGCUCGGUUGGAAGAGCUUCUUAUUGAUGGAAUCCUUUAUGCUUUCCAAGAGCAGACCAGUGAUGAUGCCAAUGUAAUGCUUAACGGGUUUGGUGCGGUUGUGAACUCACUUGGGCAGAGAGUGAAACCGUACCUACCCCAGAUCUGUGGUACCAUAAAAUGGCGAUUGAAUAACAAGAGCGCAAAGGUGAGACAACAAGCAGCUGAUCUCAUUUCAAGGAUUGCUGUUGUCAUGAAGCAGUGCCAGGAGGAACAACUGAUGGGUCACCUUGGUGUUGUCUUGUACGAGUAUCUGGGAGAAGAGUAUCCGGAGGUUUUGGGAUCAAUUCUGGGAGCUCUUAAGGCAAUUGUCAAUGUUAUUGGUAUGACAAAGAUGACUCCUCCUAUAAAGGAUUUGCUUCCUAGGUUGACACCAAUUCUGAAGAAUAGGCAUGAGAAAGUCCAGGAGAAUUGCAUUGACCUUGUUGGACGAAUUGCUGACCGUGGGGCUGAGUUUGUUCCGGCAAGGGAGUGGAUGAGGAUUUGCUUUGAGCUUCUUGAGAUGCUUAAAGCCCACAAGAAGGGUAUUCGGAGAGCUACGGUGAACACCUUUGGGUAUAUUGCCAAAGCCAUUGGACCGCAAGACGUCCUGGCUACCUUGUUGAAUAAUCUCAAGGUGCAGGAGCGGCAGAACCGUGUCUGCACAACUGUCGCCAUUGCUAUAGUUGCAGAAACCUGUUCCCCCUUUACAGUUCUGCCAGCUUUGAUGAAUGAGUAUCGUGUGCCAGAACUUAAUGUGCAGAACGGUGUCUUGAAAUCCCUCUCUUUUCUGUUCGAGUAUAUCGGUGAAAUGGGAAAAGACUACAUCUAUGCCGUGACCCCAUUGCUUGAGGAUGCCCUCAUGGAUAGGGAUUUGGUUCACAGGCAGACUGCGGCUUCUGCUGUUAAGCACAUGGCCUUGGGGGUUGCUGGUUUGGGUUGUGAAGACGCUUUAAUCCACUUGCUCAACUAUGUGUGGCCAAACAUUUUUGAGACUUCCCCGCAUGUGAUAAAUGCUGUCAUGGAAGCAAUUGAAGGAAUGAGGGUGGCCUUAGGUGCUGCUAUUGUGCUAAACUACUGUCUUCAGGGGCUCUUCCAUCCUGCUCGUAAGGUUAGGGAGGUCUACUGGAAGAUUUAUAACUCGCUGUAUAUUGGAGCACAAGAUGCUCUUGUGGCGGCAUAUCCUGUGCUGGAAGACGAGCAUAGCAAUGUAUACAGCAGGCCUGAGUUAAUGAUGUUUGUCUGAAUUAAGUGCAGUUUCAUUUUACCUAGGAGUUAACAUAUGGGGGUAACUGAUGUUAUGAUGUUAGAGGCAUUUUGCUUUAGUUUCUUUAAAUCAAUAUGUUUAUUAGACAAUAUUAUUGAAUCUGAAUCUCUAUUAUGUGUGUGGCGGGUA